AUGGCGGCAAAAAUGGCAGUUACGUUAAGAGUACGAAACUGGGCGCUAAAGUUCGGUGUUGAUCUAUGGGAGUUUGGAAGACAAUUUACAAAAAUGAAUGAAAUUAAAAGCCGAUUUAAGGACAAUGACAUCGAAGUUAAGCGAAAGGAUGGCAUACUACUUUUGCGUGAGUUAGCAGCUGAGGUGAAGAAUUUUAUGGAUUUCAAGCGUAAUGCCGUUAUGCGCAUAAUGGACUCAGCAGAACAGGCAGCUUUAUCCGAAUUGGACUCACAUAGUUCAUCGGCUACAGCAAGCAGUCAGCACUAUGAUGCACGUCGUAUAAAUGAAUAUAAUUCAGAUGGUAAACUGGCGGAUGGUGCAAGACACAUGGAUAUACGAUUUAUGCGUCGUUUUGAACGUUUACCUGUUAAUCUCAGCCUAAGCUCAAUACUGGUGCCAACCGCUGUGUCUUUGGACGAGAGCGAUGUAAAGUCUGCAUUGCAAUGGAGCGCACAUUUAGAUCCAUUAUUUCAAAACAAUUUGGAACGUGAUCCCGCUUUAUCAUGGCAAUAUUUUGGCUCUACUACCGGAUUUUUAAGACGUUUUCCAGGUACUGCAUGGCCACCAGAAGGUUCAAAAGGCAGCAAACAGAUACAUGAUUUUAGAGCACAAAACUGGUUUGUGCAAGCAGCUUCUUCACCGAAAGAUAUUAUGGUGUUACUUGAUUCCUCUUCGAGCAUGUCGGAGAAAUCUUUUGAACUGGCCACGGAAACAGCAUUUAAUAUACUCGACACACUCGGCGAAGAUGACUAUGUAAAUUUGAUUACAUUUACAGAAAUGGUUAAGACACCAGUACCAUGCUUUAAAGACCGCAUGGUACGUGCCACACCCGAUAAUGUACAAGAGAUAAAAUCUGCUGUUAAAGCUAUAAAACUACAAGACACAGCUAACUUUACGGCUGGCCUGGAGUACGCAUUCAGUCUACUACAUAAGUAUAAUCAAUCCGGUGAGGGUAGUCAGUGCAAUCAAGCUAUUAUGUUAAUAACCGAAAGUACAUCGGAAUCACAUAAAGAUGUUAUAAAGCAAUAUAACUGGCCACAUAUGCCUGUACGCAUAUUCACUUACCUAAUUGGCAGUGAUUCGGGUAGUCGAAGCUAUUUACAUGAUAUGGCCUGUUCAAAUAAAGGCUUUUUCGUACAAAUCAAUGAUAUAGAUGAUGCGCGCAAGAAAGUUAUCGACUAUGCUCUGGUUAUGGCACGUCCCAUGAUUAUGUAUCAAGCUGAUCAUCCAGUACAUUGGAGUCCUGUUUUUGUUGCUGGCAAAUCAGGUGGCUUAGGUCGAGAUUCAGAGUAUCAACGACGUUUGGUAACGACAGUUUCAACUCCGGUCUUCGAUAGACGGAACCAUUCGGUGCGUGUCGCCAAUUUGCUUGGUGUAGUUGGCACAGACGUGCCUAUUGAGGAAAUACGUAAAAUGAUUCCACAACAUAAAUUAGGACCGAAUGGAUAUUCGUUUAUCGUUGAUAAUAAUGGACGUGUACUCUAUCAUCCCGAUUUGCGACCAUUAAGUGAUGGUAAUCAGUAUAUCGAUCAGUUACGUCCAAAAUAUACGUCAGUUGAUAUAACGGAGUUGGAACUGCCGGAAACCGAAAUGGACAAUGAUCAUGAAGUUGUCGAAAUGAAUAAAAAUCUUCUCUAUGAUAUGCGUAGCGAUAUGAUUAUGCCAAAAGAAGGUGAAACAGAAUUCACAGUACUAAAUCAUUUUGACGAAAUGAAAAGAGUUACUGCUCGCACACAAAGGUACUUUUAUGGUCCCAUUGAAGAUACACCAUUUACGCUAGCUGUUGUACUACCGGAAAAAUACGGUAGCCAUGAAUUAGUUUCCCAACAAGAAAUACGUCAUUCAAGAAAAAAUGUUACGGAAUACUUUAAGGGAGACAAUUGGCGUGUACAUCCCGAUUGGGUGUAUUGCGAGUACAAUAGCGUAAGCGAAUUAGAGAAAGAGCGUGAAAACUCUGGUGAAUACUCUUCGUCGCGCGAUCAAGAACCUAGUUUUGGAUCGCCCGAAGAGCAGGUGUUGCACUUUUUAGCACGUGCUGGUCGACCAGGUUGGAAGUGGAUGUCGGUGCGUCCAAAAUCACCACAACCACAUCAUUCUAUACAUGGUGCUACACCUGUGGGUCAUUUUGCCCAGCAUUUAAAUAUGCAAGGUUCUCGCAAAGCCGAACCAUAUUUUUGCGAUCGAACCCUUAUACAAAGUUUGGUACGUGAUGCAAUGGUAACAGAUGGUCUAGAUAGAAAUUCGACUGCAACUUCGAAUGGCAAAGAAGAUAAACAUCCAAUAGCCACUUUAAUGGCAAUACUUAAAAGACAAGGUUAUCAGAAGUUUGUUGUCGCUACUUCAUUUGUGGCAACGCGAUCUGGACUUUUACGUUGGAUCGAUCACAUAAAACGAGCAGAUGAUACACCUGAACCUCAUUUUAGUGAGGAUAAUAUUAGAGCUAUGGAUAUGUCUUGGUAUAAACGUGCCAUCGAUCAGCACACCGUUGAACAGGAUAGUUUCGUAUAUAGUGUACCAUUUGGUUCAGGUUAUGCUGCUAAGGUGAAUUCGACACUGGUAACAGCCUCGCAUGCCAUAUUUGUGGAGCAUCGUGGUCAUAAAGCGCCAGCCGCUGUUGUGGGUCUACAAUUUCAGCACGAGUCAUUAGCCAAGCAUUUUAUAAAUAUCACUUCAGCGUGUACUGGCAUGACUGGCUGCAAACGUACCUGCGCUUCUGAUAAUCUUGAUUGUUAUGUGUUAGAUAAUAGCGGUUUUGUCAUAAUAUCGGAAGAUAUGGAGCAUACUGGUAAAUUUUUUGGACAAAUUGAUGGCACCAUUAUGGAUUCAUUGGUGCAGGAUCGCAUAUAUAAGCGCAUUACAGUUAAUGAUUAUCAAGGUGUUUGUUCAGAUUCUGAUAAUCCCUAUACUGCUGCGGGUGGCAUUUUACGACCACAUCGUGCAGCCUCAUGGCUCUACAAAUAUGUUGUCUCGUUAAGUUUCACCUGGUUAUCAAUGUUACCAACACCAAUCAAUGCCUGGCCACAAGAUGAUUAUACCUAUAACGAAGAUGUUUUUGAGGAACCCAAUUAUACUGAUGAUUAUGAACCAUUCGAUGAAUAUAAUCCACCAGUCGAUGAAGAAAUGGACGAUUUCUUUACAACCGCCGAUGUUGAAUACACAACCCCGCCGCCAAAACAACACAAACCAUAUACUGGUCCACGUUCAGCACCUGAUCCACAUCAUGCACGUCGCUGUGACUUACGUACUGAUUUAUAUAUGUUACAACCUGAACGCCUUAAUCAAGGCGGACAAAACAAUCCAUUGAAGGGAAAACUAACCAACUGUCAUGUGUCGGGCUGUGAACGCCCAUUUAGUGCGCAAAAAAUACCACACAGUAAUUUGAUUCUUUUAGUUGUGGAUACGCUUUGUCCAUGCGGUUCAAAACAACUUGAUAUUGAACCAAUGGAAGAGUCUGGUAUUGUAGGCGCUUGCAGUACACGCCGACAGUCACAGGAAACGCAAAAACGACGUCGUCCUAAAAAGUGCAUCAAUUAUCAUCCCGAAGAAAUUGAAAUACAACAGUGUGGGCGUGGUACCACUUUGAGUCACCUAUCAGCAUCCUUAGUCUUAGCGCACGGAGUCAUGUUUCUUGUGACUUACGUGUUGAGAAAUGCGUGAUAUGAGAUCCACUACUAAAUCAACUAAAUUACAAAG